UAUUUAGAUCGAAUCAUUUGCCCAUUAAUUAUCUGCAUGGCGUUACCGGCUACCUACAUGGUGCACUUCACGGCUCGCUGAAGCGCACCGGAGCUGGUGGCGCCGGCGCGGCCGACGCCCCACGGCGGGGCCAAGACGCUCUCCGACAUCGACGACUUCUCCGAGUGCCGGUACUACGCCUCCGCCAUCGACUUCUUUAGCCGCGACCCGACGGCCACGGCGGACAACGUCCACCCAGCCAGAUCAAUCGUGGCGGCCCUGGCAGAGGCGUUGGUUUACUACUACCCGAUCGCCGGCUGCCUCCGGGAGAUCCCCGGCGGCAAGCUCGUGGUUGACUGCACCGGCGAAGGGGUGGUGUUCGUGGAGGCCGACGCCGACGUGUCGCUCGAGGAGCUCGGCGGGCAGCCCCCCUAUCCGUGCGCCGAGGAGUUCGUCUGGGAUGACGUGGUCGAGCGCGGCAGUGGCGCCGUCGUUGUAGUUGGCCGACCGCUCUUCUACAUGCAGGUGACGAGACUAAAAGACGGUGCAUUUGUGCUGGGUUUCCAAGUGUGCCACGUCAUCGGCGACGCCGCCGGCGUGACCCAGUUCAUCAGGGCGAUAGCCGAGUUGGCACGCGGCGAAGCGCAUCCGUCCGUAUCGCCGGUGUGGGAGAGGGGGAUCUUCAAGGCGCGCGACCCACCCCGCGUCCGGCAUGACGUCUACCCAGCGUAUGAUCCAACGUCGCCAAGUAGAACCGUCCUCGGUGACCACGACGACGUUGACGACCCGAUGCUGUCGACGCCGACGGAAGAAAUGGUUGGGCAAUACCUGCGCUUUGGCCGGAAGGAGGUCGUCGCUCUGCGCAGGCAUCUGGAUACGGCGCAGCCAUGCACGACGUUCGAGCUCUUAACCGCUUUCCUGUGGAAAUGCCGCACGGCGGCGCUGGGCUACCGUCCCUGGCAACGCGUCCGGCUGGUGUUGCGUGUGGACGUGCGUGGCAACAGCACAUUAGUAGAAAAAGGGCCAUUUGUCCCGGUUCGUAAGGUCUAUCUGUUCCGGUUGUGGAACCGGGACUAA